AUGGCGUGCGUAUCAGAAGAACAAGAGAAUACGGGUCCAUGGUACUUCGACGGUGGGAGUUCAAGCCACAUGGUGGGUACAAUGACCAACCUACUGAACAUCAAGAAGGUCAAAGGUGAAAAUAUGACUUUCAGAGAUGGAGGUCAUAGAAUGCCUCAGCUCAAGGAAGGAGAUAAGAAUAUGUGUGGACCGAGCCACAAGGAGAAGCAUGUGAAGGCUCACCACAUGAAAGUACCUGACUUUCAAUCACAGUCAGACCUCAAGGGCCCAAAUAACAACGUUGAUUCGGACGUGCAGUAUAGUUUAGAGGGAAAAUCUGGUUCAGAGGAGCAGCCUAGUUCAGAACAAGCAGUGGCAUAG